GAAAGAAUCAAUAUGUCGGCAUGUCGGCAUUCCGAUUGGUUGUCCUGGGAUCAUGUCGUAACUCGAGCCUCACCACCCCAAAAAUCAGAUCACAUCCGCUCAUCUUAUUCACGCAAAAGCCGUCAGCGCAGACUUGGAUCAUACGUGGAUUCGAGAACACUGUCCUGUACCGCGCACAUUCAGCCCGACUGUGUCGCUUGCCUCGUCAUCAAGUUGACCAUGUGCACAAACCACUAUCCUGGCCCGUUGAAGCAUAACCAAAAAUACUACACCUCGGUAUUUCUCCGUUUAUUCUGCUUUUGGAUAUCCUGGCGGUAAAAAUCCAAUAGAUGAAGAUAAAUGUCCUCUAACGCUAGGCUCAGACAAACGCCCGUAGUUCGUGCCUCCUUGCCUUGCGGAAUUCUCGUGCGAGAGCGAAAGAUAAAGAGACGGAUAAAAGUUAUACCAAAUCAUGUG